AUGCGCGAGUACGAAGACCUCGGGCAUAUGCGCCAAGUUCCGGAGCAGCACGCGGCGUCGAAUCAAAUUUUCUAUAUCCCUCAUCAUUCGGUAUUUCGAAGUGAUAGUGCGACUUCUCGUUUGCGCGUCGUUUGUAACACGUCUUGCAUCACGAGUAACGGGUCCUCCUUGAACGAUCACCUGCUCGCGGGCCCGAAGUUGCAGACGGACUUGCCCGCCAUUCUGCUGCAGUGGCGAUUGUUCCAAUUCAUGUAUUCUGCGGACAUCGCUAAGAUGUACCGCCAGAUUUUAAUCGACGAGCGUGAUAGGGACUUUCAACGAAUUUUGUGGCAGCCGGACUUGUCCGCUGCUCCUCUUGACUAUCAGCUUAUGACGGUUACAUACGGGAUGAAGUGUGCUCCGUAUCUCGCGCUUCGCACGCUGAAGUGCCUCGCCGAAGACGACGGGUAUCGCUUUCCACUUGCCGUGCCCAUUCUGCAGGAUCAAAUCUAUGUCGACGAUAUUCUCUUCGGCGACCACCAGCUCGAUUCGUUGCGUGAGCGACGGCGUCAGCUCGUCGCGUUGCUGCAUUGUGGUCGGUUCGAGCUGCGGAAGUGGGCUAGUAACUCUCCGGAGCUUCUCGAAGAUAUCGACCCUGCCAAUCACCGGUUGGCUUGUGAUUUGCCUCUCGCACUUGACGAUAAGGUCAAGGUGCUCGGCAUCGCGUGGAAUCCAUCACGCGAUGCUUUUCACUUUAAGGUUGUUCUUGAUAGCGCUGAGCCGACCAGCAAGCGCACGAUUCUGUCCACUAUCGCUAAAUUGUACGAUCCGCUGGGUUGGGUCACACCCGUCACCGCUGCCGCGAAGAUUUUUAUGCAGAACCUGUGGCGUUCGCAACUCGAUUGGGAACAAUCGCUUUCUGAGCCAUUACUUUCCCAAUGGCAUCGCAUUUACAUAAAUCUUCCUCACCUAAACGAGGUCGCUCUUCCUCGUUGGACUGGCAGUCUACCAGACUCCAUCUCUGAGUUGCACGGUUUCGCCGAUGUCUCCAUGCUGGCGUACGCCGCGUCCGUAUAUUUGAAGACUGUGUCUCCUUCCGGUGAAAUCACCGUCUCGCUGAUAGCCGGCAAGUCUAAAGUCGCGCCUAUCGCCUCUCUCACAAUUCCGCGUCUCGAGCUUUCUGCUGCGCUCCUUCUGAGCCGCCUAAUGAAGUUCGUGAGAGGCGUCUUGAAGCUGCAGUCCGCUCCAUGCUUCUGCUGGACGGAUUCAACCGUUACCCUUUCAUGGCUGCGGUCGCACCCAUCUCGGUGGAAGACAUUCGUGUCCAACCGCGUCGCGCAGACUCAAUCGAAUUUGCCGGACGCCACUUGGCGUUACGUGCCCACGUCGCACAAUCCUUCCGACUGUGCUUCUCGUGGACUACUGGGCCUCGAGCUGUUGACUCACGAUUUGUGGUGGCAUGGACCCCACUGGUUGCAAUCGUCUUCUAACGAUUGGCCUAAGGAUCCGACUCCUCUUCAAGCUGACGAUGCUCUGGAGGAAAAGGCACUCCGUGCUCAUCAUGUAGCAGCAGCUCCCAUCAAAUGGGACAUCGCUGUUCGAUAUUCCUCCUGGGCACGUUUGAUUCGCGUCACCGCUUACGUUCUUCGGUUCGUUUCCGCUUGCCGUCGAGCCAACCUCGAUCGUCAUGAUCCUGUCAUUGACUCGAGAGCGCUCACGUCCACUGAGUACACCCGAGCGAAGAUCUUCUGGAUCAGACGCAUUCAAGAAGAGCUUUUCGCUGAUGAUCUGCAAUCUCUUUCAAAGGGUCGAUCGCUACCGUCAAAGAGUUCAAUUGUCGUGCUCAAUCCUUUCCUUGACCGCGACCAGGUAAUGCGUGUGGGGGGUCGGCUGAGAAAUGCACCGUUGCCAUACGACAUGAAACAUCCGAUCCUCCUCGCCCCACAUCCUCUCGUACGUCUCAUAGUUGCUCAGGUUCAUUUGCGCUUCCUUCACUCUGGUCUCCAACUCACGUUGAGUUCCCUUCGCAGGGAGUAUUGGAUACUGCGCUCUCGCAACCUUGCAAAGUCCAUUCUUCGCGAAUGCGUCGUUUGCGCUCGUGAGCGAGCCUCUAUUCCGACUCAGCUCAUGGGUGAUCUCCCAUCCAGUCACGUGUCGCCUUCGUCUCGCUGCUUUGCCCAUAGCGGCAUCGAUUAUGCUGGGCCUCUAAAGGUUCGCGCCUCCGCAGGACGAGGCAUAGCAUCUCGAAAGGCUUACAUCGCGCUCUUUGUUUGCCUAGCUACCCGCGCCAUUCAUUUAGAACUGGUAGGCGAUUAUUCCACUCCUGCGUUCAUAAGUGCUUUUGCUCGAUUUUGCUCGCGCCGGGGCCUUCCCCAAUCCAUGUACUCGGAUAACGACACAACCUUCGUUGGAGCCGAUAAGGAGUUAGCGACGGCCUAUCGAGGUGCGUUGCGCGAUCCGAAUUUUCUGAAUAGCACCGCGAGCGACGGUAUCACAUGGAACUUUAUUCCGCCGUCCGCUCCUCACUUCGGUGGGCUCUGGGAGGCUGGAGUCCGCAGCGUGAAGCAUCACCUGCGUCGCGUGUUAGGAAGUCACACGUUGUCAUUCGAGGAGUGUUCGACCCUCUUGUGUCAAAUCGAGGCGUGUCUUAACUCACGCCCGAUUGCUCCUAUCUCUGACGAUCCUGAUGAUACUCAAUACCUGUCUCCAGGACAUUUUUUGGUCGGUUCUACCAUCACUGUUCCUCCAGAGCCGUCAGUGCUCAAUCUCGCCGAAAAUCGGCUAUCACGCUGGCAAAUCGUUCGCCAUAUAACCGAACGAUUUUGGAAACUUUGGACGACGGAUUAUGUGAAUACGCUGCAACAGCGUAACAAGUGGCUCAAACUUCAACCUCCGGUGACAAUUGGACAACUCGCCUUAUUACGCAACCCGUUGUUACCUCCCUGCAAGUGGGAGCUUGGUCGAGUCGUUCGACUCCAUUCCGGCUCUGACGGUCUAACUCGAGUAGUCACCAUUAAAACCGCCGCCUCGGAGUACGUGCGCCCGAUCUGCAAAUUAUGUAUCCUCCCGGUCAAGGAUACAGAUCAUAAUGCCGCGUGA